AUGAAAAAUAACGCUAGCCGAUACCGGAACUCUUCAAAAAACAACUUGUCUGAAAUUAAGAAAGAAUCAACAAAUCAAGUCCAUGACAAGCAAUUGUUAUCAAUGAUAUUGUUGACAAAUAACGAAGUCUUCCAUCAGCUAGUGAUAUACCCAGGUCACCCAGGUCUUCAACCUUUCACAUUGGACGAUAAUGCAACACUGACACUUCUGCUGACAAAAAUAACACAAGGUAGCACUAUACAAUACCAAUAG